AUGGUAUUACCAUCAUUAUGUGCUUAUACAAAGGCAUCAUAUAAGCCAAUAAUGCGAAAGCCUUUUAUAAUAGCUAAUAUGAAUGCAAAAAACUUUCGUUCGAACUUUAUGUCAUUGUUAACUGAUUCAUUUAAACGUUUGAAGAUGUAUGUACCGAUUGGUCAUUUAAGAGAUAUUUACAAAGAACAUUAUCGACAUUUUCAACUAGCUCAACAUCCAGGUAUAAUACAUAUUCCAUAUCAAGUAUCUAUUAUGAGUUUAUUUGAACAAUAUCGAAUGAAUAUUCCAUUAUUUUUUCCAUCACUUGAUCUUCUUACUGAAUGGCAUUAUACAUAUCGUGUUGUUAACGAACGAACUUGGGAUGGCAUAUC